UUAACAUUUUAAUAUUAAAUUUAUAUUCAGUCUAUUAGCUACCUAGGAAACCUUUUUUUAAUAAUUAAAAUUAGUUAAAAAAUUAAUUAUUGUAUAAAAAUGUUAAAAAAAAAUGACUUUUUAGUAGAAAAAUGGACUGACGAAGAUUUGAUGGAAAGGGUAAGGCUUCCACGAGUGUGGGAAACUUUAGAAAAUGGCAUUGAAAUACAAGAAUUACAACCAAGUCGGUAUGAGGAAGUUCUUACAUUGAUCAAAAGAUAUUAUAUAGUAGAAGAACCACUGUUGAGUGGCUGUCAGUUUCACUUAGAUAAAGAAUCAGUUGAACAAUUUGAGUAUUUGUGUCAUUUUUGGAUGAAAGAUAGUCUUUCAAGUGUUGCAAUCGACAUGAAAUCGGGUGAUGUUGUUGGAUUUUUAAUAUGUCGAUUUAAUGAACUUAAUUACGCAGAUGAUAUGUACAGCGAAAAAAGGGUAUUGCGUAACAAAAAAUAUUGUCCCUUUAAUAUAAGAAAUUUGCGAAACCUGCGUCAUAUUUUACAGAUUUAUCGUGGUUUUAAAUGGAUAGAACUACAAAAGUUUAAGUAUUUUUUAAUGACUGAAGGUAAUCCUUAUGAGUAUUUCAAUAUUCAAAGCAUUUUUCAAGUAUAUUUGUGGUUUGUAAUUUCGGACUUUCGAGGACAUGGUAUUGGAAUAAAAUUACUAGAAAAUGUGGCCUAUAAACAGUUACCUGAAUAUGAAUGGUUUGAAUCAAAUGUAAUUACUGGUAUUUUUACCAGCCGACAAAGUCAAGAUUUUGCUGAAUCAAUUGGUAUGACGACUUUGUAUGAAUUCAUGUACGCUGGAUGGAUUGCAAAGAAUGAAGAGGAAGAAGAAGUAGAGUUUUUCAGUGAAAUGCAGUCAGGAAAUUAUGCGGCAAAACUUAUGGGUAUGAGAGUAGGAUCGAUUUUAAUUGAAAAUAAAAACGAUAUUUCAACUGAUGAUAAGGAUCGCUUUGAAAGUAGCGCUACAGAUCCUACGAAAAAAGAUACAGAAAAUUAGGAUUAUUUUAAAUUUUCCUUAUUUUAAUGAAAUAGUUUUAAUACAAUUUAUUUUACGUUAAAUGUUUUAUUGUAAAACAUCAAUAAUAUUAUAACUAACAUAUCAUUAAUUUCUACUUAAAAAUAAU